AUGGUUUAUCGGGAUGAAGUUAGAAGGCAGAUUGGUGAUAUGUUAGCGGCCGGUGUUAUUCAGAAGGAAAGAACUUCCUACAUUUCGCCGUUAGUUUGCGUAAAGAAAAGGGAUGGGAAUAUUCGCGUGUGUUUGGAUGCUCGGGGGCUGAACUCAAAGAUCAAGGAUUUGGUGAAUCCUCCCAAUCCAUCUGAAUUAAUGGCCAAUUUCAAACAGGGCAAAUUAUGA